UAAAGCGGCUCCCACGUGAGUGCUGAAGCAUGCGAGUGUGAGAGACUACAGUGCGCAGCAGCUGAGCUCCAACACCCUGAAAUAAACCCUGAAACUACAGCAGGAGUGUGUUUUACGGUCGUUUAACCAUGUCGUCCUUUAGAAAAGCCCUGAAAUCCAAACAGCGGGAUCAUAAAGAGCGGUCUCAGCCUGGAUUCAGGAACCAUUUGGGACUUUUGGAGAAGAAGAAGGACUACAAACUUCGUGCAGAUGACUUCCACCGGAAAGAGAACACCAUCAAUGCCUUACGUAGGAAGGCGAUGGACAAGAACCCUGAUGAAUUUCACUUUAAAAUGACACGCACUCAGUUGAAGGAUGGAGUUCAUUUAGUUGAACAGAAGGAGGAGGAGAUGACUGAGGAACAGAAGAAAAUUAUGAGGACUCAGGACAUCAGAUACGUGGAAAUGAAGAGGGUGGCAGAGGCUAAGAAAAUUGAACGAUUAAAGUCUGAACUGCACCUUCUGGAUGCUGAAGGAAAAAAGCAAAAUAAACAUACCUUUUUUGUUGACACAAAAAAAGAGGUGGAUGAUUUUGACCUGGCCACACAUCUGAACACAGCACCCGAAUUGGUGGAAAGAACUUAUAACAGACCUACACUGGACACCCUGGCGAACAAGAGCAUAAUGGGGGCAGUGGAUCCAAAGACUGUAAAGAGACUGGCAAAGCAGCGGAAGUCUCAGUAUGAGCUGCUGUCUCAACGUAUUGACAGAGAAAAGAAAAUGUUCGUAAUGACUCAGAAGAUCCAGACUCGCAAAGACCUUCAGGACAAGAAUAAGAAAGUUAGGAAAAUGCGUAAGGAGACGCCCAGUGCUCCAGCUGUCUAUAAAUUUGAGGCCAAGAGAAAAAGAUGAAGAUCUCUGUUUGUCUAGAGUUGUUACUUCCGGGAAAGAUUUAUACAUGCUUAAAAACAACAGUCCACCCCACUGACCCUUCAAAUAAAGCCUAAUGUAACACCAGCUCGGGUUCAAACAUGGUUUCGAUAAUCUAUUCAUAUUACUGUAUAAUCAUAUCAAUAACCUGUUUCACAAAGUUUUGCAUUGUGGAAAUUCCAGCUGACCGGACUGGAGAUUUUUGUACUUUUGUAAUCUUAGUUUUGGAAACGCUGCUUUUUAUUUUGCCCACCCUCUAAAUAUAUUUUGUGUAUAUUUAAGUAGAGAGAUUGUCUGUGAUUAAAUUUGUACAAAAAUAAAUCCCUGUAUGAUAAAA